CUCUCUUGUUAUUCAUGUAUUCAUUCUACUCUUUUUCAGGAUUACCUGCCUUAGUGGUUGCCAUCUCAAUGGGAUUCACGAAAGCAAAAGGCUAUGGGACACCCCAAUAGUAUGUUUUAUCUCACUUCUGUCUACCUAUGUGUCACCUUGGUAGUUCUGAUAUUUUGGUAAUGAUGAUAAUUUAUAACGUGUGGUGUUUGCUAAUGGUAAUCACUCUCUAUAUCCCAAAAUGUAAUUGUUUCAAUUUGUAAAACCUCAUACUAAUUAUGUCAAUGGUCAUUUAAAUCUGAAGAGUUUCAUUUUCAGAAAUGUUGGUAAAUUAGCUUUUAUUGUUUAAAGAACUUAUGAAAGAGAUUGGUGUGUUUUUUCACUAUAUAAUCAUGGCAUGGGGUUGUUCAAUGACACAUGUAUUCGUUUCAAAUCUAUCACUUAAUGGUUUCAUUUCAGAGAGACAAAUAAUAACGUUUUUUUGCAAAACACUGUACUGUAUAUCUGCCUCCCUCUCAGAGAAAUCAGUAGUACUGCUAGGUUUUACACAGCAAAAAUAACAAAUAACUACAUAUAUAAUAAAGAACUGUACAAAUGAUAUAUUUGUGGCAUCAGUAUUAAAAAAAUGUUUAAAAGAUAAUAAUAAUAAUAUAUAUAUAUAUAUAUAUAUAUAUACACACUACCAGUCAAAAGUUUGGACAUACCUACUCAUUCAAGGGUUGAGAGAAUGCCAAGAGUGUGCAAAGGUGUCAUCUAGGCAAAGGGUGGCUAUUUGAAGAAUCUCAAAUAUAAAAUAUAUUUUGAUUUGUUUAACACUUUUUUGGUUACUACAUGAUUCCAUAUGUGUUAUUUCAUAGUUUUGAUGUCUUCACUAUUAUUCUACAAUGUAGAAAAUAGUGAAAAAUAAAAUAAAAACCCUUGAAUGAGUAGAUGUGUCCAAACUUUUGACUGGUACUGUAUAUAUAGAUAUACAGUACCAUGAGAUCUAUAUGUCAUUUACAUUUUAUAUUUUAGUCAUUUCAGAUGCUCUUAUCCAGAGCGACUUACAGGUAGUGCCUUCAUCUUAAGAUAGCUAGGUGAGACAACCACAUAUCACAGUCAAAUAUACAGGAUACCAACAUUCCAUUCCAGCUAAACAAUGAAUAUAUAGCGUUUUGCAAAAUAAUUACAUUUUAAUUCACAUCUAAAAUAUAUAAAUAAAAAAUCUGAGAGCAGUAAUAUUUUACACACACAUGAAGGUACCCAUAAGCAAUCAUUUCUGAUGAGAAAACACACGUGGAUAUACUGUAGCGUUUUGGAAAUAAACUCUUCAUCUUCUUCAAACCCCUCAGUAAAACCUUCAGAAUCCCUAUUAUCAUGCUGUGUCCCCUUCAAAUGUUGGUGUGAACUAAAUCCAGUUGGAAAAAGCAUACCUAGUCUCUUAUGAGCAGUCCUGCAAGGCGACAGCCAACCAAAUCUUUAACUUAUAUUAAGUCUCUUCUCUGCACAGCCUGAGCAGAAACAAGUGGGUUUCCUAACCCAGACUAGGGUGAACCCUACAAACCUGACAAAACCCCCAAGACAAUCCCAGAGGGCAUUUUAAAAGAUUCUGACAAUACCCCAUUUGCUCCUAAGUUGUGUCCCAGCUGAAUACUAGUACAUAAACAAUGUUUUAAAACUCUCUUUAGCAUUUUAUUCUCCAGUAAAACUUUCUGAAGUAGAACCACAGCAUAUGCUAGCUAGUACUCCAUUCACACUGGAGGGUAAUACAACUGUAUGCAGCUGUGCACCAUUCAUUUGAUGUGAUUCUGGGUGUUAAUUUCUUUGUGGGAGUUGGUUCGCUAGCUGAUAGAGGAGAGAAGUCGAGGAAGGAAGCGAAAGAAGAGCAGCUAAGCGCUCGCCGAGAAUAGAUCUAGAAGGAAGAGAGCUCUCUCUGUCUAUGUCCGACCUGCGUCGUCUCCUCCACUCCCUCCUCUCCUAUCCUCCUACUCUGUCCUAUCUUCUCUCUACUCCUCCUCUCCUCUCCUCUCCUCCUCUCCUCUCUCUACAGCUGCUGGCUAUCUCUAGAAGGUGGUCUCCUGUAUGCCUUUGUUGGACCGGCAGCAGCAGUGGUUCUGGUAUGUAUUAUAGUAUUACAGUAUUGCUGAUUAAAGUACAUAUUAUAGUAUUACAGUACUGCUGAUUAAAGUACAUAUUAUAGUAUUACAGUACUGCUGAUUAAAGUACAUAUUAUAGUAUUACAGUACUGCUGAUUAAAGUACAUAUUAUAUAGUAUUACAGUACUGCUGAUUAACGUACAUAUUAUAGUAUUACAAUACUGCUGAUUAAAGUACAUAUUAUACUAUUACAGUACUGCUGAUUAAAGUAUGUAUUAUAGUAUUACAGUACUGCUGAUUAAAGCACAUAUUAUAGUAUUACAGUACUGCUGAUUAAAAUACAUAUUAUAGUAUUACAGUACCCCUGAUUAAAGUACAUAUUACAGUAUUACAGUACUGCUGAUUAAAGUAUGUAUUAUAGUAUUACAGUACUGCUGAUUAAAGUACAUAUUAUAGUAUUACAGUACUACUGAUUAAAGUAUGUGUUAUAGUAUUACAGUGCUUAUCUACUCAUUAAAAGGGAGAAGGCUUGCAGUAUCACUGUAUGUUUAGGUUAAGUACUAUUCAAGGUUCAAGAUGUCUUAAUUAUCCCAUACAGAAUAUUGGUUUGCAGGCGAGAUGAGCAUGCAUACUAUCAAAUAUAAAACAUAGACACUAACAUAGGCUACUCAUUCAUUGCAUUGUUGGUUAUUCAUCCAUUUAGUACAACUGUGACUAUUUGCUGAAAGAAACGUCAAUUCUUAGUAAUUAUUACAAUCACUGUCUACACUCUUAGAAAAACAAGGUGCUAUCUGUAACCCAAAAGGGUUCUUCGACUGUCCCCAUAGGAUAACCCUAUGAAGAACCCUUUUGGGUUCCAUUGAAAAAACCUUUCCGCAGAAGGUUCUACAUUGAACUCAAAAGGGUUCUACCUGGAACCCAAAAGGGUUCUCCUAUGGGGCUAGCUGUUUUGGAACCCUUUUUUCUCUUUUGGAACCCUUUUUUCUCUUUUGGAACCCUUUUUUCUAAGACUGUAGCCUCCUUCCAAAAUCUUGCAGUUUUUUAAUCAAAGCAGUAAGCACUGAUUCAAUUAAAUUCAGAAUACUUGAUAUAUCCCACAAGGGGCAAUUAUUACAAUACUGUUGGUACAGUGCUGGAGUUACUGUUUGUCUAAGGAGGUGCCUUUGCUUUAGAAAAUAACAGAAUCUGCUGUCAGACAGACAAAGCCUCCCUGAAGGCUCUUAUGUUGGCUUGAGGGGAGCAUAGAGGUCAGGUCUGUCGAGUUAGUAAAUGUCAACGCCAUGAGUAAGCCAUGCAACCCUAGAGGUCACAUGACAACACAGCAGCAGCAGCAGGGACUGGAAAUAGAGGAGAGGAAGAAUGGAGGAAAUAAAUCAUGUCUACGGUACACUAAUGAUGUCAAACACCUUUUGUAUUUCACAAGGAUAAUAACAUCAUAUUGAGAUACUGAUGCAGCUAACUGUCCUGAAGUACACAAGUGUCUUUAGAUAUGACAUUGUUCCCUCACCUUAUUACAGGGCUGGGGUCCAUUUCAUUAGAAAAAUUGGAGUUGGAAUCCAAAUUUCAGUUUACUUCCUGUAUUGAAAUGGAAUUGACCCCAAACCUGCCUUGUUUCCCCUCAAUGAAAAUGUAAAUGUCACCCUUCGGACCUUGACAGUGUCCUCUUAGUCUAAUGGAGUUGGGUUGGUGAGAGCCAGGUUUGAUUCCCACCAGUUACACCUAUUUUCUCUAUAAACAGGUGAACAUGAGAGAGUGUAACUAACUAGUUAGAUAUUUUCAGUCAUCUCUGGGAUUCAAACCAGCGACCUUUCAGUUACUAGCCUAACGCUCUUAACUGCUAGGCUACCUGCCGCCCAAUACGACUAGAUAUAUUCAGGUUUCCCUCAGGUAUAUGACUAGAUAUAUUCAGGUUUCCCUCAGGUAUAUGACUAGAUAUAUUCAGGUUUCCCUCAGGUAUAUGACUAGAUAUAUUCAGGUUUCCUCAGGUAUAUGACUAGAUAUAUUCAGGUUUCCCUCAGGUAUAUGACUAGAUAUAUUCAGGUUUCCCUCAGGUAUAUGACUAGAUAUAUUCAGGUUUCCCUCAGGUAUAUGACUAGAUAUAUUCAGGUUUCCCUCAGGAAUAUGACUAGAUAUAUUCAGGUUUCCCUCAGGUAUAUGACUAGAUAUAUUCAGGUUUCCCUCAGGUAUAUGACUAGAUAUAUUCAGGUUUCCCUCAGGUAUAUGACUAGAUAUAUUCAGGUUUCCCUCAGGUAUAUGACUAGAUAUAUUCAGGUUUCCCUCAGGUAUAUGACUAGAUAUAUUCAGGUUUCCCUCAGGUAUAUGACUAGAUAUAUUCAGGUUUCCCUCAGGUAUAUUACAGUUUUUUUCAAUUGCUUACACACUAAAAUUAAAACUUUCCCACAAUUAGCAAAACCUUACACUCAAGGAGCAAAACACCAGCCUAGAUUUGCUCAACUGUAAGCACAUUGUCAGCUUCACACUUUUUGCAAAACAUUACACACAGUGAUUUGCAAAACACUACACACACUUGUAUGCAUUUGACACAGAAAUGUAUCAUGAUGUCAUUUCCUUGCAAUUUCAAAGCAAAGGCUUUCAAAUGAACACACCCAUGAACCAAUUAGUUAAACACAGCCACCAGGUGUGCACACACACUGGAGCUUAAUUGUAGACACACCAAUCAGGUUUAAGCACUAUAAAAAGGCAACAGGUAAGUUCACGUCUUUAAAAAAAAUGGACGGUGUCAGAGGAAGAGGAAGAGGAAGAGGAAGAGGAAGAGGGAGAGGGAGAGGGAGAGGGAGAGGAAGAGGAAGAGGAAGAGGAAGACCUGGAGGAGGGGUAGGACAUGCACAAAGAAGAAGACAACCAAAUCUGUGUAACGAAAUUCGUGCUACAAUUGUGGACCAUGUAAUAAACCACGGACUAACACUGAGGGAGGCUGGACUGAGAGUACAGCCUGACCUAAGCAGGUACACGGUGUCAUCAAUAGUUCAGACAUUUCGUCAAGAGCACAGGUGAGAAACGUAUCUUCUGUCAACAGAAAAUCCAUAGCUUACUGCAUGUACUAUAUCAACAGUUUGGUAUCUAUUCCUGUAUCAUUUUACAGUAAGCUACAUGUAUUUUGUUUGGCCAACAUAGGAUUGAAUGUCGAGAACACCAAGGAGGGAGGGGCCCCAUAUUUACACAGGAGCAAGCGAGAGACAUCAUAAACCUUGUUUUGGCCAAUAAUGCAAUCGAGGAGUUCUUCUCAGCAUGGCGGUGGAAGGUUUAUGAUCUCCGGCCCUAUGUCCAGAUGGCCCUCAUUCAAGCUAUAGUGGAAGCAUGUGAUCAAAUUGAAGCAGCAUCCAUACAAGAGUGGAUUCGUCACUCCAAAAGAUUCUUCCCACGUUGCCUUGCAAAUGAAAAUAUAGCCUGUGAUGUUGACGAGGCCCUGUGGCCAGAUCCAGCUAGGCGGAGAGAUGUUUAGGUUAUUUUUCUUUUUUAUUCGGUACUGAACUGGAUAUGUAAUUUAUGUUACAGUAUUAUUGUAAGCUUAUGGUACGUUCAGAAAUACUGUAUGAAAACUGGAAAAUGUUUUGUUAUGAAUGUUUUGUUGAAAUGUUCAGUAUUGACUGACUUGAGUACAUGAAAAUAAAGAAAUAUUUUCAUUAGUCUGCACAAUUGUUGUCAUGUGGUGUUGGUGAAUUUAUUUUGACACUUUCUCUGUGUAAAUGCUGAAAGUGUUUUAGGUUGAGCACAGGAGUGUUUAACUGAUUCAAACAGAAUCAGACCAUAUGAUGGUUGUGGUUCUCUGUAGCUCAACUGGUAGAGCACGGCGCUUGUAACGCCAGGGUAUUGGGUUCGAUCCCCGGGACCACCCAUACACAGAAAAUGUAUGCACGCAUGACUGUAAGUCGCUUUGGAUAAAAGCGUCUGCUAAAUGGCUUAUUAUGGUUGGGUUUAUGUUAUGACAACAAAAUAAGGUUUUUAUAAGACAUUGUAUAGUUUUGACAAAAGUGUUCAAUUUUGCAAAUGAUCUGAGGUGUUGUGCUACUUUGGUGUAGUGUUGUGCUAAUUGUGUGAAGGGGUUUGAAAAACCGGGCCCUGUUUUCAAAAUUGUGCUUAAGCAAUUGAAAAAAACUGUAAUAGAUAUAUAAAGGUAUUCCUUCUCUAUAAACAGGUCAACAUGGUGAUUGGCAUCCUGGUGUUCAACAAGCUGGUCUCCAGAGACGGGAUUCUGGAGAAGAAGCCGAAGCAUCGAGCUGGGUAAGAAACCACCUACAGCAAAGAGAAGCUCUAUUUUAUUAUAUUUCUAUGACCUGUAGUAUGUCUGAAGCAGCUGGGUAAGAAACCACCUACUUACAAAAUACAUUGUGAUACACGACAAAGACAGACAGUAACUGGUUAUACUUACGUCUAUGGACAUUGAAGUGCUUGUUGUUUACCUGCAGGUUGGCUGGACUGUUGACUGUGUAGCUCUCUUAAGAUCUGCAGCGGCCUACUUCUCUAGUCCUUUAGUUGACAUAAUAGUCUGACUCCUCCUCACUACACAUUCACCCACACCUUCUGGAUGUCUUCAUUUUCCACAUGGAGAUAAGACCUCGUUCUUUACUCUGGCUGAUGGGAGAACAUCAACAUAAAGAGGUCACAUCUCUCUGGGGGAGACGACGUGUGUGUGUGUGUGUGUGUGUGUGUGUGUGUGUGUGUGUGUGUGUGUGUGUGUGUGUGUGUGUGUGUGUGUGUGUGUGUGUGUGGAGACGUGGCAGAAUCAGUCCAUGAUGAAAAUCCUUUAAAACGCCCACCGCCCACACACAUCCCCAGAUUGGCCCUGACUAUUACUAACAUGAUACAGAGAGUUGGAAUGUGUUAUUUUCUGUUGUCUUCUUGUUGGUUGGUACACCAGAAUCCCUCUAAAAAAGCACCACGUAAAGACUGGUUUAUACUUGGUCUAACAACAUGCCUGUAGCCCACUAGAAUGUGCCAACUGUCCACAGACAGUCCAUAGACCAGCCUUAUGUCAUCUUGUAAUGCGUUGUUAAAACACUUUGGCCCUGCCUGACUACUACUUGUGUGAUAGAGAAAGUUGGGAUUCCAUUCCUAGUGAUGUUUUUUUUUCACAAACGUUAUGUUAUGUCGUCCUCUUGAUGCGUGUUAAUCCUAAAGCCCUCUACAACACCCACGCUAACACACGUCUGUCUGGCUACUACUAUAUGAAAAGUUGUGGGUGCUACUGUUUUCCCUUAAAAACACUGACAAAUUGGCCCUGGUUACUACUAACAUGAUAGAGAACGUUGGGAUGGUGUAGUGCUGCUUCUUCACUACUAUCAUCACUAGUGUCCACAUCUUGUAUGAUAGAACAGUUGGAAUGCUAUGCUAGUCCUAGCGCUGCUUCUUCACUAACACUAUUUCCUGUUGUUUUCUUGUUGUUUGUUGUCCCACAGACCGAUGAACGAGCCCCAUACAGGGUUAACUCUGAAAUGUGCCAAAUGUGGUGUGGUGUCCACAACUGCUCUCUCUGCAACUACAGCCAGCAAUGCCAUGUAAGUGCUGUCUUACAGUACAUCGAUGCCUGGCAGGGGGAAUUAAUAAAAGAUUAGCUGUGUGUGUGUGUGUGUAUGACUCGUCUGAUGGUCUGUGUGUCUGGACCAAGACCUUGGUAGCGCUACAGAGAAUAAACAGGGCAGCAUAUGUGUCCUUGCAUAGAUGUAGCUGUAUUCCUUCCUCAACUGAGACUGCUAUGGUCUGAUGGUCUGGAGAAAGACCUUGUUAGACCUAUAGUAGAGUACUGGGCAGUCAGACAGUAAUGUUAGACCUAUAGUAGAGUACUGGGCAGUCAGACAGUAAUGUUAGACCUAUAGUAGAAUACUGGGCAGUCAGACAGUAAUGUUAGACCUAUAGUAGAGUAAUGGGCAGUCAGACAGUAAUGUUAGACCUAUAGUAGAGUACUGGGCAGUCAGACAGUAAUGUUAGACCUAUAGUAGAGUACUGGGCAGUCAGACAGUAAUGUUAGACCCAUAGUAGAGUACUGGGCAGUCAGACAGUAAUGUUAGACCUAUAGUAGAGUACUGGGCAGUCAGACAGUAAUGUUAGACCUAUAGUAGAGUACUGGGCAGUCAGAGAGUAAUGUUAGACCUAUAGUAGAGUACUGGGUAGUCAGACAGUAAUGGUAGACCUAUAGUAGAGUACUGGGCAGUCAGUAAUGUUAGACCUAUAGUAGAGUACUGGGCAGUCAGACAGUAAUGUUAGACCUAUAGUAGAGUACUGGGCAGUCAGACAGUAAUGUUAGACCCAUAGUAGAGUACUGGGCAGUCAGACAGUAAUGUUAGACCUAUAGUAGAGUACUGGGCAGUCAGACAGUAAUGUUAGACCUAUAGUAGAGUACUGGGCAGUCAGACAGUAAUGUUAGACCUAUAGUAGAGUACUGGGCAGUCAGACAGUAAUGUUAGACCUAUAGUAGAGUACUGGGCAGUCAGACAGUAAUGUUAGACCUAUAGUAGAGUACUGGGCAGUCAGACAGUAAUGUUAGACCUAUAGUAGAGUACUGGGCAGUCAGACAGUAAUGUUAGACCUAUAGUAGAGUACUGGGCAGUCAGACAGUAAUGUUAGACCUAUAGUAGAGUACUGGGCAGUCAGACAGUAAUGUUAGACCUAUAGUGGAGUACUGGGCAGUCAGACAGUAAUGUUAGACCUAUAGUAGAGUACUGGGCAGUCAGACAGUAAUGUUAGACCUAUAGUAGAGUACUGGGCAGUCAGACAGUAAUGUUAGACCUAUAGUAGAGUACUGGGCAGUCAGACAGUAAUGUUAGACCCAUAGUAGAGUACUGGGCAGUCAGACAGUAAUGUUAGACCUAUAGUAGAGUACUGGGCAGUCAGACAGUAAUGUUAGACCUAUAGUAGAGUACUGGGCAGUCAGACAGUAAUGUUAGACCUAUAGUAGAGUACUGGGCAGUCAGACAGUAAUGUUAGACCUAUAGUAGAGUACUGGGCAGUCAGACAGUAAUGUCUUGUAUGUCAGAGAGACAACAGAACACUAGCUGGUAACAGAGUAUCUGUUCAUAAACAGUAGAUGGUGUUUCUGGUGCUUCUGUAUGUCUUCCUAGACUGAGUUGCUGGCAAUGUGAAUCAUUAGUCUGGCCAGGCAGUAAUGUCUUCUAUCAACAAGAGAGACCGCUGUAGUAGUCUGGCCAGGCAGUAAUGUCUUCUAUGAUCUGAUGUGUGUCAGGUGGUAAUGCAGACACUUACCUUACCCUCUAUCCCCUGUCUCCCUCCCUCCCUCUCCCUCCCCCUCCCUCCCUCCCUCCCUCUCCCGCCUCUCCCUCCCUCCCUCAGGGCCUCUCUGUGGAGUUCCUGUGUGGUUCUGCCUCUGCUGGCUCUGACCUGGAUGUCUGCAGUGCUGGCCAUGACAGACAAGCGCUCCAUCCUAUUUCAGAUCCUCUUCUCUGUCUUCGACUCGUUGCAGGGCUUCGUCAUCGUCAUGGUGCACUGUAUCCUGAGGAAAGAGGUAAGGAGGAGGGAGAGAGGAGGGGAGAGAGGAGGGAGAGAGGAGGGAGAGAGGAGGGGAGGGAGAGAGGAGGGGAGGGGAGAGGGGAGGGGAUGGAGGAGGUAGAUAGGAGGGAGAGGAGGGAGAGGAGGAGGUAUUGGGGAAGUGAGGGAAGGAGAGGGGGAGGGAAGGAGGGAGAGGGAGGUAUGGGUUAGGGAGAAGGGGAUACUCUUUUAGUAGGAUUCUGUUCAUAGUGCACACCAUAGAAAAAUGAUUUUCAAAAAUACUUUCCAACAGGAUAUAAAAAUUAAGGUUUCUUAUUAGACCAAUUCAGAUAGAACCUCCCCAUUUGAUCUAUUUUACGUUCGGUGCCAAAUGAACAUGCCCCAGGUCACACCCUGUGUCACUACGUUUUGUUGACCCUUAUACAUGUUUAAUCCCUCUUAUCUCGUGUUGCCCCACACACACUCACACUUCCUGUUUCCCGUUUGGCCCUAACUACAGUAUUUAUUAGGAGAUGAUUAGGAGAUUAGUGAUCUGGACCAGAUUAACUCCAGAUCACUUUCCUGUUAACUUGCCCCUCCCCUUUGGAAAGUAGCUGUAAUUACUGUGAGCAAGGUCAAGGUUACAGCAGGAACAAUAGAGCAUGGUUUUUUCUUUACUCUCUAGAGUCAUGGCCAUAGCAUGUCAGAAACUAAAAUACACAUUAUAUAUCAUGUUAUACUAAUGUGCUCUAAUACUACUUAUAAUAAUAAUAAUACUACUUCUAUGGUGCCUCACUUUCCCCAGGUCCAAGAUGCUUUCAGAUGUCGUCUCAGAAACUGUCAGGACCCCAGAAACUGUCAAGACCCCCUCAAUGCUGACAACACUGGAACUUUCCCCAACGGUCAUGCUCAGAUUAUGGUAAGCAACACCAGUAUAACCCUCAACCUAGUGGUGUCUGGUGGCAUUUCCAAUGGGGAGGACGGGCUCGUGGUAAUGGAUGGAACGGAAUAAAUGGAAUGGUCUCAAACACAUCAAACACCUGGUUUCCAUGUGUUUGAUACCAUUCCAUUCACUUCAUUCCAUCCAUUAUUAUGAGCUGUCCUCCCCUCACCAGCCUCCUCUGCGCUCAACCAAAGCCUAUACCUGCCUUUAUAUUUGAGACAAAGGAGCAAAUCCACAUUUUCACGAGUAAAAUGUUUAAUUGAUGUCAAUGAGACUACGUCUGAAAUUGCACCCUAUUCCCUAUAUAGUGCACUACUUUCGACCAGGUAAUAGGGUGUCAUUUGGGACAUACCCCAAGUGAAAAUUCCACUUAAGUGGAGGUUAGGAUUUGCCCCUAACAGCUGAUUCACACUAUAGGACUGAACUGAACCGUACUGUGCUGGCUCUGGCUACGAUACAUUCUUUUCACAUUGUCCUUUCCAGUAUGUUUCCAGCAACUGUGGUGGAUGCGUAACCAGGCCAGUGCAGUACGGCUCGGCAGGGAUCGCCUUGGCUCAGCUCAGUGUGAAAAGGGUAUAGUAUUAUAUACCCUCAAGACAAGCCUUCAUAGCAGGGUUUGGGGUCCAUUCCAUUUCAGCCAAUUAAGGAAGUAAACUGAAAUUCCAAUUCUGCUGGUUCGGCUGGAUGAGGCAUUGUUACCCAUCGUUUUACAGAUAGCUGCUUUAGUUCAACUGUAGUUACACACAGUGUACAGCCGCAUGUGGCCCUGGCCCCUGUAAUACAUUACACACACACACGCACAUGCACACACACAUUAAUAAAUGAGAUCCAUUUUCCGUUAUCCUACUUCCAGUUUGAUUGAACUUAUUUGUCACUUUCGUCAAGCGUCUUUCAUUUACAGAGCCCCCUCUCCAGCCCCCCCCCAACACACAUAAUUAAGCACCAGUUCUUUGAAUGACCUUUGUAACGCCACACCAAAUCUCUUGAUCCAGCAGAACGCCAACUGCCAACGGCCUUCGCUCAUCAUAUCUAUCGUCUGAUCUUCCCAUCGUUUGCAUUCUAAUAUCCUAAUAUCCUCCUACUCAGAUUGAAUUAAUUUCCACCGUUGUAGAAUGGUGUGUUGGCUGUCGGGGUGCCCCCGGUUCAAUAGUAUAAUUUGCAGAGAACAAACAGUGAUUGCUUCCCGACUGCUGUUUUAGUGCUAUAAAAUCCCUUUUACAUGCGUAUUGCCAUAUUGUUGUGAAUGGAGCAGUGAAGUAUAGGACCUUUAACUUGACAGUAACUGACCCAAACAGGGAAAGGCAAUAGAUAGAUGCAAUGAAACUACUCCUAUAUAAUGAUGACAUGUUUAAUCAGAUAUCAAAGGAUAGGCAAAAUAUUUUUCUAUUGACUUAAUCUCAACAAUGCAUGUAGCUGGAGUUGCUCUAGGUUUCAUUUAUGAUAUCAUAUUGUAACAAUCAACUUGGAUCUCAAACAAUGCUACAAUAUUAAAGUUCAAAGAAAUACUAUAUAUAUAUAUAUAUAUAUAUAUGAAGGUGACUAAAACAAGACAGACUAAAUGAAUACAGUGAGAAACAUCAGCAUAUUGUCAUAGAAUGUGUAUCAUUUCACAAAACCAAUUCAAAUAGACCCAAAAUAAAGUUCAGGAAGAAAAAAUCCCAAAUAGAAUCCUAACAGAAAAUAGUCCCAAAGUCAAUCAAAAGGUAAAAAUUAGCAAUCCCCCUUCAAAAUGCAAAAAUACAAUUAAUUCAAAUAAAAAUACAAUCACCGGGAUAGAUCUCACCGGAUGGUUGAGGGAGAGGGAAAUCCGGCCUGGGGGAGAUUUUCUCACAACAGCUAAAUUUCAUCCUCCAAGUAGGAGUAAAAAUCAACAAUAAUAAACAAAAAUAAUUCCCUGGAGUGGUUAAAUCUAAGUUGCUUAAAAGCACAGGUGGCCGGUGGCACCUUAAUUGGGGAGGACGGGCUCAUAGUAAUGGAUGGAACGGGAGUUAAUGGAUUGGUAUCCAACACAUCAAACACAUGGUUUCCAUGAUGCCAUUCCAUUUACUCCAUUCCAGCCAUUAUUAUGAGCUGUACUCCCCUCAGCAGCCUCCUGUGCUUAAAAAGUUUUCCACACAAAUAGAACCUCAGCCAGGUACAAGCCAAACAUUUCCCCAAACAGCUACUUUUUUCUUAAAGGGACAUGCCCCAUUAAAGGGAUAGUCUACCAAAAUGACAAUGGCAGCCAUCUUAGCUUUGCCAGUGCAAAUAAUGCAGUCAGAACUGGCAGAUUCAUAAUAUAACAGUCAGAACUGGCAAAUUCAUAAUAUAACAGUCAGAACUGGCAGAUUCAUAACAUAGCAGUCAGAACUGGCAGAUUCAUAACAUAACAGUCAGAACUGGCAGAUUCAUAAUAUAACAGUCAGAACUGGCAGAUUCAUAACAGUCAGAACUGGCAGAUUCAUAACAGUCAGAACUGGCAGAUUCAUAACAUAACAGUCAGAACUGGCAGAUUCAUAACAUAACAAUCAGAACUGGCAGAUUCAUAACAUAACAAUCAGAACUGGCAGAUUCAUAACAUAACAGUCAGAACUGGCAGAUUCAUAAUAUAACAGUCAGAACUGGCAGAUUCAUAACAUAACAGUCAGAACUGGCAGAUUCAUAACAUAACAGUCAGAACUGGCAGAUUCAUAACAUAACAGUCAGAACUGGCAGAUUCAUAACAUAACAAUCAGAACUGGCAGAUUCAUAACAUAACAGUCAGAACUGGCAGAUUCAUAACAUAACAGUCAGAACUGGCAGAUUCAUAACAUAACAAUCAGAACUGGCAGAUUCAUAACAUAACAGUCAGAACUGGCAGAUUCAUAACAUAACAGCAUGAAAAGGAAAAUACACAUAAAGGUUUAACUUUGCUAGGUUUUUAAAACAUUAAACCAGACAUGUGCAUGUGUAUGUGCCUGUCACUUCACAUCUGUGGCAGCGUCACAUUAUAUGACAUAUUCUGUUGUGUCAAAGCUGAAAUGUAAAUCUGUCUGACCGUAUUUUCACCACUUUUGUAUUUUCUCCCCCAACAGACGGACUUUGAGAAAGACGUGGACAUCGCCUGUCGAUCAGGUAAACGACCAGAUGGUGUCAUAUUAAAUUAAUGAGCUCCUGAUUACUUUGCCUAUUGAAAUGAAAGCCCUAAAAAGGAGUUAGACACAGUAUAAAAUAACAUCCCAGGUUGUGUAACAGCCCACUAUCCACAUUGGACGCCUGCUGGCUUAAUGAUCAAAACAGACCCAUUUGAUUUGCGAAGAGGGAUGCAUCCCAAAUGGCACACUAUUCCCUAUAUAAUGCACUACUUUUAACCAAAGCCCUAUGGACCCUGGUCAAAGGUAGUGCACUAUAAAGGGAAUAGGGGUGCCAUUUGGGACGCAACAGAGGAGUGAGAAGAGGAGGCUUUAGUGAAAGAAGAGAAUUUGUUAGGUGUCAGAAAGCCGGCUAGCUUUCUGUGUGGGAUGAAACGCAUUGCUUGGAAUCAAAAGGAAGGGUAAGAUAGAGUGGGAGAGUCGUGAAUCUGAAUAAUAAUGACAGCGCUUAUCGUUUCCUUUGUGCCUGUUGUUCAUUAACAAAAUGGACGAUGGGAAAGCGUUGCACUGUAGCCCUGGUUUCGUUGGUUUUGUUGAUGACUCAUGUUGAAAGUAUUGCGUUUUUUAACGGUACGCUGUCUUUUCAUGUAAACGUUGUGUUUUUAAGAGUAUCCAAUCAAAAACACAUAUUUUGACCAAUGGGUAAAAUAAUAUGUUAAUGUCUCUAUCAUAAUCUGUUCAAAAUGUAUUGGAGUUUUUACCCUUGUAGGAUGGUCAGAAUUAGGGUGACAAAAUCAAUGGUCAUAAAUCAGGAGAAUAUCAUGGAGUCAGCUAGGCUGGAUGCUGUGAGAGAAUUAAGGCUCCCAGACAGGCUUACCGUUUGAACUCUACAGACAGGCUUACCAUUGAACUCUACAGACAGGCUUACCGUUGAACUCUACAGACAGGCUUACCAUUGAACUCUACAGACAGGCUUACCGUUGAACUCUACAGACAGGCUUACCGUUGAACUCUACAGACAGGCUUACCGUUGAACUCUACAGACAGGCUUACCAUUGAACUCUACAGACAGGUUUACCAUUGAACUCUACAGACAGGUUUACCAUUGAACUCUACAGACAGGCUUACCGUUGAACUCUACAGACAGGCUUACCGUUGAACUCUACAGACAGGCUUACCAUUGAACUCUAUAGACAGGCUUACCGUUGAACUCUACAGACAGGCUUACCAUUGAACUCUACAGACAGGCUUACCGUUGAACUCUACAGACAGGCUAACCAUUGAACUCUAUAGACAGGCUUACCGUUGAACUCUACAGACAGGCUUACCAUUGAACUCUAUAGACAGGCUUACUGUUGAACUCUACAGAUAGGCUUACCAUUGAACUCUACAGACAGGAUUACCAUUGAAUUUGUCAUCUUUCCGGAGGAAAUCCGGAGGACAUAAAACAAUAUAGAGGUAAGAUAGAUAUCGAUUUUGAGACAUGACAUGUAGUAUUUUCAUAUUUUACUAUACGCUGUUCAUAUUAAUGUGAAGUUACUGUUCUUUUUCGAAGACUUCUCACAAAAACAAGCAUAUCUCUGGGAAAUGUCAGUGGAGCACUGAGCGAACCGCACGUUUUUUAUUUUCAAUGUUUUUUUACAUGUAAUUCAGCUCGUGUCGUGUUAACUCAGCUAUUUGCGACCGGCGGAAACAACUUGGAAGACGACGACCACAAAAUAUAAAAAUCCUCAAAAGUUUCAUCGAGAAAGCUGCACCGCUCUGUCAACAGAGCUCGGUGCUUAUUAUCGGAUGUAUUAGGUUAUUAAAUCCGACUUUUUGGAUAUAAUAUUAAUGAUAUGUUAGAGAAAGACCCCACUGAAUGAUUCAAAACAAGAAAAAUCAUAUUUGUCUAGGUAAAAUGUAUUUUAUAACAUAAGGAAGUGAAAUGUCAUCUCCAAAGCGCGUUUUCUCCCACUCUGGGCCGAGUGGGUGGACACCCUAGGCCUAGAGUGUUCUGUCUUUUGAUGUAAAAGUCUAGGCUGGUUUAUUGCGAUUCCGCCCUCUUAUUGAAAACUUUUUACAAGGUAAACUGAGCUAAACUGAACUUAAUGAUUUGCAAUUUGGGCUCCUUUCACGCUGCCACACACUGCGACAACCUUUUUAUAUAAAUGCGUGAAACUUGGUACUGUAGAAGCCCACGUCUAGUUCAUAAAUAAUUCAUUGCAGUAGACCUAGUCCUAGACUGAGCUGCCAGCCUGCAGACCUACUGCAGACACACUAGAAAUGCAUUACGUUUCUAGUCAACACAGUAAGUACGAGUUACUAUAGGAAGGUGGGGUUUUCGGUCAAUCGACGCGAACACAGCGGUUGUCAGCUACCAGGCUUGGGCAAGUGGUCUUAGCAUGUUGUUGUUACAGGGUAUUGAUAGGGGGAUGUGUUUGUUGUGUGAAGGGGUCAUGCAAAUGAUUGCAGUGGGUUAUAAGUGAUUUUACUGACAGUGAAUGAACACGACAAUACUAGCCGUCACAGACAUUGUAGCAGCUGCAUAGGUUUUGCUACGUAAUACCCUGCCGUUGUUCCAUGCAGACACACAUGCUGUAUAAAAGACGAAAAGUACGUUUAUGAAUGAGGCUAGAUUAACGGUAUAUUAUGAAGCAUACGUUACAUAUAUAAUAUUUUAAACAUGAAAUGAUUAGCUACAUAGAGCAUUAUUAACACUUAUUAACUGUAAAAGUCUAAGCUGUUGGGGGGAGGGGGAUACUAAGCUAACAUAUGGAAUUGUUUUAAGAUGGUCAUACCAUGGAUCAUUUAGCUAUUUGAUUUGGAAUUUAAGGACUCCUUUAGGGUUAAACAAAUAUAUAUAUACAAAAAUGAUUUGAUAAAAUAUUGAAUUUGGCCUUUACUACUAUAGCCCAUAGAAACGCAUUGAAUAACACAUUCAUAAAUGGCAAAAAAGACUAAAUAAAUCAUAAGGAAUAAGGUUUUGAAGUGUCUGUCCUAUAUCUAGGAGAUACACUAUAUAUACAAAAGUAUUUGGACACCCCUUCAAAUUAGUGGAUUCGGCUAGUUCAGCCACACCAGUUGCUGACAGGUGUAUAAAAUCGAGCAAACAGCCAUGCAAUCUCCAUAGACAACAUUGGCAGUAGAAUGGCCUUACUGAAGAGCUCAGUGACUUUCAACAUGGCACCGUCAUAGGAUGCCACCUUUCCAACAAGUCAGUUCGUAAAAUUUCUGCCCUGCUAGAGCUGCCCCGGUCAACUGUAAGUGCUGUUAUUGUGAAGUGGAAACGUCUAGGAGCAACAAUGGCGCAGACGCGAAGUGGUAGGCCACACAAGCUCACAGAACGGGACCGCCGAGUGCUGAAGCGUGCAGCGCAUAAAAAAUAUUCUGUCCUCGGUUGCAACACUCACUACCGAGUUCCAAACUGCCUCUGGAAACAAUGUCAGCAGAAGAACUGUUCAUCUGGAGCUUAAUGAGCUCCAUGGGUUUCCAUGGCCGAGCAGCCUAAGAUCACCAAGCACAAUGCCAAGCGUCGGCUAGAGCGGUGCGUCAAUAAUAAUUUGGUUGUGUUUAUGAAGGCCUUGGGCGACAUUAGAAUACGAUUUGUGUAUUUUAUUUGAAAUAACACAGUAGCAUUUUCAUUAGUUUAUGUUACUGUAGGCUAUAUGUCGUUUUAAUUUUUUUUAAACACCACGAAAUUAAAGCGUUCAAUACAUUUUAUUCGAGGAGUGCCUUUGUUACAACUGUGAAACAGAAAGCAUAUACGUUGGAACAUGGUAACAGUUUAUUUUUUAUAAGGACAAAAUAAAAUAAAAAAUACCCCAACCACCAAGACACAUGGUCAAAAGACACGCAGUCAAAUGAGGAAAACAUCAGUAGCCUAAACAUCAUUAUAAAUAGUGAAACUCGGCACAAAAGCAAUAAAGGCAUUAUAAUGAAUAUAAGUGUAGAUAUGACAGCAGUCAAAAAUAGUCCAUUCUUGUCAGCUCCUGCUUCUGUGCGUCUUCACACAACGGCAUCAGUUGGAUUUCAUUUAGCUGUUAUUCCUUGUCCUAACAGUUAACACAAUUUUAGUACCUUUUCACUUGCUUGACACACUUUGACGUACCUUUGUCUGGUUGUAGUGUGCAAUAGUCUCCGGUUUUCUCUUUACUGUGUCCAGUUGUCUUGUCAUUCUCACUUUGUUCAUGGUGCCGGCCAGACUUGUUUUCUUUGCAAGCAACUUGUUCACCAAUGACAGUGAAGUGAAGAAAUUGUCCAUUGUGACAUUUCUCCCCUUACCAACCUAAGGUUCAACAAGCCUUAUCACCACAUUCUCCCACACUGGCGUCUGCUGCCCAAUGUGGAUAUUUUCCCAGAUAUUUUCAGCCUUUCAGCAUAUAUAAUUACACACACUCUCACUGUGAAGCCUACCCCCCAGUAGGCCAGAGUAGACUGAUACGACUGAUUUGAUUUGGGUGAACUGAUAUAGGGUAAAUACAAUUUCAAGAUUAGACCUAUAAUUAGAAUGGAUCAAUACAAUAGAAUGUCCCACCCUGUUCUUCAUUCACCAUUGGUGAUUACAUAAUUAUGCAUUGUUCGCUUGCCAUUGCUCAUCAAUUCACCCAUUCUCCCCCUUUCUCCCCCAUUCUCCCCCUUUCUCCCCCUUUCUCCCCCAUUCUCCCCAUCAUACUUUACUUUUAUUUCAUCUGUUGUUAUAGUUUAGGUUCAGUUUGUCGGGGUGAUUAUCAGCUGGGCACUGGAGUGAAGCAGGCCCUACUGUUGGGAGAAGGAGGGGCAACGGGGGAAAACCAUUCAAAAAAAUGACAUGCCUUCUUAAAACUGGUUCUAAUAUUAAGAUUGUAACAAGGACAGUGUGUGAUAUAUACUUCAUUAGAAAAAAGGAAAGGACAGAGUGGCAUGACUUAAAACAUGGCAGAGUAAUACAACAUUUUAUGAAUAAUGAGCAGUCAAAAUGACUGCUUUAGCAGAUCUAGUGUUAAGGAUUAAAGUAAAAUCCAAAUUAUUUUAUCUAUCAGGAACACUAUUUGGAAUAACACCAGGAAUAUAUACCAGGAAAUAUACCAACAAUAAUGACUUGCUGUGCCAAGAAUAUAUACCAGGAAUAAUCCCUCGCCUGCCUGCCCAUCCCUCAUGCCAUGGAGUCAUACCACCUCCACCACCCUACCCCCUACCCCCUACCCCUCGACCACCUCCACCACCCUCUACCCCCUACCCCCUACCCCCUACCCCUCGACCACCUCCACCACCCCCUACCCCCUACCCCCCUACCCCUCGACCACCUCCACCACCCUCUACCCCUACCCCCCUACCCCUCGACCACCUCCACCACCCUCUACCCCUACCCCCCUACCCCUCGACCACCUCCACCACCCUCUACCCCUACCCCCCCUACCCCUCGACCACCUUACCACCACCCUCUACCCACUACCCCCCCCCCUUCCCCUCGUCCACCUCCAUCACUACCCCUACCUCCACUACCACUCGACCCCCUCCACCACCCUCUACCCCUACCCCCCCCUACCCCUCGACCACCUCCACCAUUCUCUACCCCUACCCCCUACCCGUCGACCACCUCCACCACCCUCUCCCCCUACCCCCUCGACCACCUCCACCACCCUCUACCCCUACCCCCCCUUCCCCUCGUCCACCUCCAUCACUACCCCUACCUCCCUACCACUCGACCCCCUCCACCACCCUCUACCCCUACCCCCCCUACCACCUCCACCCCCUCCUUCCUUUCUCUCUCUGCACCACUGUUUAUCUCCCUGUUCCACUCUGUGGUGAUUCAGGCUGAAAACAAAAAGGGAAUUGUUAGGUUUUCUGUUUCUGGCUGUGCUGCGCUGCUCUGCUCUGCUCUGGGCUGGGCUGGGCUGGACACACACAGACACAUACACACACACACACACACACACACAAACACACACUGCUGACCUUGUUGUCUCCUUGCAGCCUGUUGGUUUUCGAACAGGCAAUUCCCCUGUGGAGGAUUCAGAAGGCGAAGAUUAAAAUGGCCCCAAAACACCUCUGUCCUGCAUCCCAAAUGGCACCCUAUUACCUUCAUAGCUCUACUGUUGACCAGGGCCCAUAGGGACCAGGGCCAAAAGUAGUGCACUAUGUAGGGUAUAUGCUACCAUUUGGGACGCAUCCAUCAGCUCUGCAGCGCUGGAGAGAAGCACAGAGCGCGGCAGUACAGGCUGUUCUGUUCCUCCAAAAGGGUAUUUCUGACUUCUGACAAGGCAGCUUUAGAACUAAAAGCUAGCCUCUCCUGGUUAUGUGUCUGGGGUUUGGGGGGGUUUUCCAAGGUGAACCAAACCUUAAUAAGAUAAAAAGGUGUCGUAGGUAUCAGGGAUUUCGGGUCGGAUUUGAGGAAAGGUUCUCCUGACCCGCUGUUAUUUGAUGGUAAAGUCCUCCUCAGAGGUUUGUCGGCUUGUCUCGGCUUGUCAGCUCUGUACUUAGUUACGUCAGGAACAUCUAAUGCCCUAUAUUGGCUCCUUUGAAGUAGUGUCCCUGUGUCCUGUUUGAAGAGAUCGGUAGCCAAGUUUUGUCUAUUUCAUCCCACCUGUGUGAGGAAAUAGUCAUUAAAGUGUAAUACCAGACACAUCUGGUUCAUUGUUUCAAGUGUCCUGGCAUUAUAAUUUCAAUUAUUUGUUUUGACACACAUUCAGAAAAAGGAAAUGCAACAUUAGGUUCUGAAAUCUGCAACAAUGGUCUGAAAUCGGAAUUAUUUAAAAUAAGCAUAAAAUGAGAAAUAAACAGAUCAUUAAAAACAGACUGACAUUAGUUCUCGGUGUGGUGCAUUCAUUCCACUAUCUCCCUCUGUCUGUCAGUAUGGUGCAUUCAUUCCACUAUCUCCCCUGUCUGUCAGUAUGGUGCAUUCAUUCCACUAUCUCCCCUGUCUGUCAGUAUGGUGCAUUCAUUCCACUAUCUCCCCUGUCUGUCAGUAUGGUGCAUUCAUUCCACUAUCUCCCCCGUCUGUCAGUAUGGUGCAUUCAUUCCACUAUCUCCCCCGUCUGUCAGUAUGGUGCAUUCAUUCCACUAUCUCCCCCGUCUGUCAGUAUGGUGCAUUCAUUCCACUAUCUCCCCCCGUCUGUCAGUAUGGUGCAUUCAUUCCACUAUCUCCCCCGUCUGUCAGUAUGGUGCAUUCAUUCCACUAUCUCCCCCGUCUGUCAGUAUGGUGCAUUCAUUCCACUAUCUCCCCUGUCUGUCAGUAUGGUGCAUUCAUUCCACUAUCUCCCCCGUCUGUCAGUAUGGUGCAUUCAUUCCACUAUCUCCCCUGUCUGUCAGUAUGGUGCAUUCAUUCCACUAUCUCCCCUGUCUGUUCAGUAUGUGCAUUCAUUCCACUAUCUCCCCUGUCUGUCAGUAUGGUGCAUUCAUUCCACUAUCUCCCCUGUCUGUCAGUAUGGUGCAUUCAUUCCACUAUCUCCCCCGUCUGUCAGUAUGGUGCAUUCAUUCCACUAUCUCCCCUGUCUGUCAGUAUGGUGCAUUCAUUCCACUAUCUCCCCCGUCUGUCAGUAUGUGCAUUCAUUCACUAUCUCCCUGUCUGUCAGUAUGGUGCUUCAUUCCACUAUCUCCCCUGUCUGUCAGUAUGGUGCAUUCAUUCCACUAUCUCCCCUUCUGUCAGUAUGGUGGAUUCAUUCCACUAUCUCCCCUGUCUGUCAGUAUGGUGCAUUCAUUCCACUAUCUCCCUGUCUGUCAGUAUGGUGGCAUUCAGUCCACUAUCUCCCCUGUCUGUCAGUAUGGUGCAUUCAUUCCACUAUCUCCCCUGUCUGUCAGUAUGGUGCAUUCAUUCCACUAUCUCCCCUGUCUGUCAGUAUGGUGCAUUCAUUCCACUAUCUCCCCUGUCUCUCCUCUCCACAGCUCUCCACAAAGACAUGGGCUCUUGCCGCGCGGCCACCAUCACCGGCACCCUAUCCCGCAUCUCUCUGAACGACGAGGAGGAUGAGAAGGGGCACGAGGGGCUCAACUACUCCACCUUACCCGGCAACAUCAUGUCCAAGGUGAUGAUCCAGCAGCCCGGCAUGCACAUGGGCCCCAUGGGAGACAUGGGAGAGGGCUGCUUGGGCGACAGCGUGUCCGACAUGCGCCGCACCGUCUACCUAUGCACCGAUGAUGCUCUUCGUCAGUCCGACCAGGAUAUGGGCGGGCACGGGCACGGCGGGAUGGGCAGUGGCCACGACAUGGGCAAUAUGGGCGGUAUGGGCAGCGUGGGCGGGCAUUCACCCCAAGGCCAGAUGAUGGAGACGGACUACAUCGUGAUGCCACGGGCUUCGGCGGCGGCCGGAUCUGGGAACUGUAACACACUUCCCACUCUCCUGAAGGACGAUAGCUCCACCAAGAUGAACGUGGGCAUGGGCAUGGGCGAUACGCUGCCCCACGAGAGAAUGAUGCAACACUACAAGAUGGCACCGGACUUCAACAUGAGCCCGACGGGGAUGGGCGUGAUGGGGGGCAUGGAGCACAUGAACAUGGAUCAGAACCUGCAGCAGCAGUACGGGUCAGGAGGAGGACAGGAACACAUGCAGCAGAACCUUCCCUUUGAACCCCGCACUGCCGUCAAGAACUUCCUGGCUGAGAUGGAAGAGACUGGAGGGCUGUCGAGGAGCGAGACGGGAUCCACCAUAUCCAUGAGCUCUUUAGAGGUAGGUUGGAUUGGAGAAGACUGUUGAAGUGUUGGUUUAACCUUAGAGGUAGGCUGGAGUGGAGAAGACUGUUGAAGUGUUGGUUUAACCUUAGAGGUAGGCUGGAGUGGAGAAGACUGUUGAAGUGUUGGUUUAAGUAAAUAAAGCCAUUGUUUGUAGUAAUGUUCAAAUUAGAAAUUGCUGCAGAAGUAAAUACAUAAUUAAUUUGCAGCUGUGUUCAAGUGAGAAGAUUGUCACAUUGUUGCCGUAAAGGAAAAUGUGUUUAUUUUGUCACGCUUAGAAUGUUAAUUAGUGUUCAUUAAUACUGAGUUAUAAUUUCUAUAGUAUUUAGAAGGUCAUAACCCCCUCAUUUUAACAUACUGUAUGUUGUCUAAUUAUCUGCAAUAUGUUUUUCUUGUCUUCAGAGAAGAAAAUCGCGCUACCAAGACCUGGACUUUGAAGUAAGUAAACUUACUGGUUGGCAAAGUGCAUGCUUCAGGCUUUCGUUGUUACACUGAGCAUUCGUGUUUGCCCUACCCUUUAAUUUACUAUCGUUGUUACACUGAGCAUUCGUGUUUGCCCUACCCUUUAAUUUACUAUCGUUGUUACACUGAGCAUUCGUGUUUGCCCUACCCUUUAAUUUACUACUACUUUUUUGUAGCACUUAAGCUUAUUGGAGUAACAUGGUCUUGACACAACACAGAUGUAUUGAUGUGUGGCGUAGUUAAGGUAAAACAAUCCUGUCAAACUAAAGCCGUACAAAGGUCAGCCAGCAAAUCUCACCCACUCUCAUUUGGUUCCUCCUCCAUCGCUUACGUACAUCCAUUGGCUAUGAGUUGAUUUUAAAACUGUUAUGCUUUAUAAAGUCACAUGCACAUUUCACACCUGACUUUUGUGCUUUUUCGAUGGAAAAUAUGACAUUGGCUGACAGCCCAAGACACAAAUGUCUCAAACCACUUUUGUGGGUUUAUUCAAUUUCUCCAUCAAAUUAUUGUAUUCUGACUUUUCUGUAUAAAUGUGAAAGGUAGAUUUGAUAAUAAAAUUGGCCAUAAAUGAUAUGUAAUUACUCAACUGGCUUACAUUAUAUGCAAAAUCCUUAAAAGACAUUGGCCCCUGUAAUAUGUCUUAGCCUUGCCAUAAUACCAGUGACAGAUGAAAUGCUAUUCAGAAAGGUGUAGGGGGUAGAGAGGAAAGCACAUUGCAUUAUAAUCUCCAUCCUAUUAUUGGCUUUGAUUUCCAAACCAAAACGAACCCCUUGCCAUUGCAGAAAGUCAUGCACACCAGGAAAAGACACAUGGAGCUGUUCCAAGAACUGAAUCAGAAAUUUCAAACCCUGGAUCGAUUUCAAGACAUACCAAAUAUGGGCAGCAUGGUGAGUAAUAAUACCAGGAACAGGAACAGGAAAUCAGCAGUAACAGGAAAUGGUGAAGGGCAAGGGGAGAUGAUUGGUCAGCGGUCGGCUGUUGUAGACCAAUUACAGAGCUGGAGAAAAUCCAGAUGGGGUGAUUGGUCGAAGCUGGUGGUUGUCGACCGAUUAGAGUACAAAGCAAGAUAGAUAGCCUUUUUUAGAUGUCCAUCCGCUCAGCAGCACCACGUACUGAGUCAUUGAGCAAAUGAACAGAUCCAGUGACAUGGCUCUAUACCUAGCAGGCCUGCCAGCUGCUGGUGGUGAGGGGGGUGGGGGGGGGGGGAUGACUAGUCGCUAAACGAGAGACUGUCUGAGAGAGGGCAGGCAUUAUCUCAUCACAGGCAGUCUGAAGACUCACUGGCUCUUUCUCAAUUCAUCUUUCCACAAUUCCUUGUAUCCUAUCUCCUCGCCUCCUUAGAAGGUCUAAGGUCCCUCCACUCGGACAUGGAUGCAAGGAAUCGAGGAAAAGGAUCCUGCUUGGCGCUCUUUACCACCCCCCAGGUGAAUUGGGGGUUGGAAAGGUUCAAUCAGACUAUAUAUCUUAGAUGUGUUGAAAAGGAGCCCCUGUGAGAAGGCUUUCUGUCGUGGUAUUCCAUCUCAAUUUGAGUGCAUCCAUUCAAAUGCAAGGCGCUGUAUCAGUCCUGACAUAUCACCGGACAUGGUCAGUUCUGAGUGAAUGAUUUCUGCAUUGCUUUCUGCACUGUAUCCUGGGAAUAGUUUACAGACAGAAAUGGGCCUGUUGACCAAAACACACUCAGGCCUAUUGUUGUGUGAGAAUAGAGUCAGCUCUGCGGCGGCAUGCAAGCAGGCAGGCAGUUAGCCCCUCGGCCUGUCAUGUCAUGUAAUCCUCUCUCUCUUCUCUCACAUUUCAAUCAACCCCACUGCACAGCGUAAUUCGCUGCUUGUUGCUUAGUAACCACCACAAGGACAUUUAUAUAGAAAACGACUUCUUUUUUUUUCACUUACAUUUUGUUUUGGGGGGGGGGGGGGGGGGGGAAUAAAUGUACUGCAGUGCUGGCUGGGCUGGCUGAAUAGCUGGCAGGCUCCAGAGCUACAGACAACAUUAGUAACCAUUGUGUAUUCCCUGACUGCAUAGUAACAGCUCCGAUAGCUCGCUGCGCUAUUUGCCUCCCUACUAGUCUCCUUGUGAGUGUCAGUGAGAGUACAUCCAGAUUAUGGGAACAGAACAGCACACAGUCAGACACAGUGGAAGCUCAUCCUCUAGUCCCUCGUCACCGUUAUUCAGCUACAAGGGAAAGCGCACUAUUCAUUUGAAUUCUUCCAUGAUAUAGCCUAACCACAUUAUUCACAUUUGAGAUACUUUUCAUUACCUUUUGUUACUUACGCUUCUCAUAGAACCAUUACACCAUUAAUGUGCUCUACCAGAACAUUAGUUGAGGUGAUCAAUGCAUAGAGGCAGUACAUCGUAAUUCAAAGUCUCUGUAUAAUCCAUUGUUUAGCUAAACUUUAUAAUAACUUUCUUGAAUAAUCCAUUAUAGCUUUCAUAUGAAUGUUUAUAAAUGUUUUAAAGUGAUGAAAUACAAAUGUAUUUAUAAAACAGUUUAUUCAUGCUUAUUCAUGGAACUUAUUAUUAACCAAUGUUACCCAAUGUUUAAGAAAAAGAAGAACCGUGAACUGUGACUAGUGACAGUGAGGCAUGCUCCCUUCUAAGUAAUAACCCUCACAUAUCCCUGUAUAUAUAUAUAUAUAUAUAUAUAUAUAUAUAUAUAUAUAUAUAUAUAUAUAUAUACAGUGGGGAAAAAAAGUAUUUAGUCAGCCACCAAUUGUGCAAGUUCUCCCACUUAAAAAGAUGAGAGAGGCCUGUAAUUUUCAUCAUAGGUACACGUCAACUAUGACAGACAUAAUGAGAAAAAAAAAUCCAGAAAAUCACAUUGUAGGAUUUUUUAUGAAUUUAUUUGCAAAUUAUGGUGGAAAAUAAGUAUUUGGUCACCUACAAACAAGCAAGAUUUCUGGCUCUCACAGACCUGUAACUUCUCCUUUAAGAGGCUCCUCUGUCCUCCACUCGUUACCUGUAUUAAUGGCACCUGUUUGAACUUGUUAUCAGUAUAAAAGACACCUGUCCACAACCUCAAACAGUCACACUCCAAACUCCACUAUGGCCAAGACCAAAGAGCUGUCAAAGGACACCAGAAACAAAAUUGUAGACCUGCACCAGGCUGGGAAGACUGAAUCUGCAAUAGGUGAGCAGCUUGGUUUGAAGAAAUCAACUGUGGGAGCAAUUUGUAGGAAAUGGAAGACAUACAAGACCACUGAUAAUCUCCCUCGAUCUGGGGCUCCACGCAAGAUCUCACCCCGUGGGGUCAAAAUGAUUACAAGAACGGUGAGCAAAAAUCCCAGAACCACACAGGGGGACCUAGUGAAUGACCUGCAGAGAGCUGGAACCAAAGUAACAAAGCCUACCAUCAGUAACACACUACGCCGCCAGGGACUCAAAUCCUGCAUUGCCAGACGUGUCCCCCUGCUUAAGCCAGUACAUGUCCAGGCCCGUCUGAAGUUUGCUAGAGUGCAUUUGGAUGAUCCAGAAGAGGAUUGGGAGAAUGUCAUAUGGUCAGAUGAAACCAAAAUAGAACUUUCUGGUAAAAACUCAACUCGUCGUGUUUGGAGGACAAAGAAUGCUGAGUUGCAUCCAAAGAACACCAUACGUACUGUGAAGCAUGGGGGUGGAAACAUCAUGCUUUGGGGCUGUUUUUCUGCAAAGGGACCAGGACGACUGAUCCGUGUAAAGGAAAGAAUAAAUGAGGCCAUGUAUGGUGAGAUUUUGAGUGAAAACCUCCUUCCAUCAGCAAGGGCAUUGAAGAUGAAACGUGGCUGGGUCUUUCAGCAUGACAAUGAUCCCAAACACACCGCCCGGGCAACGAAGGAGUGGCUUCGUAAGAAGCAUUUCAAGGUCCUGGAGUGGCCUAGCCAGUCUCCAGAUCUCAACCCAUAGAAAAUCUUUGGAGGAGUUGAAAGUCUGUGUGCCAGCGACAAAACAUUACUGCUCUAGAGGAGAUCUGCAUGGAGGAUGGCCAAAACAGACAGGUGAAUACCUGUGAGAUUACAGAAAACGUUUGACCUGUGCUUGCACAAAGGCAUAGUAUUGAGAAACUUUGAUGCAAAUACAUUUUUAGGGGAAAGAACAGACACAGUCAGACAAAGUGGAAGCUCAUCCUCGCCCCUCGUCCCCGUUUUUUCACUAAAAGGGGAAAGCGCACUAUUAUUUAAAUUCUUCCAUAAAUAACCCUAACCACAUUUUUACUUUUGAGAUAUUUUAUUCCCUUUUGUUACUUCGCUCUCAUAAAACCAUACACCUUUAAUGUGCCUCCCCAGAAAUUAGUGAGGUGAUCAAGCAUGGGGCAGACAUCGUAAAAAAGUUCGGGUUUUAAUCCUUUUUUGGUUUAAAAUUUAAUAACUUUCUUGAAAAACCAUUAUAGUUUCAUAUGAAUGUUUUAAAUUUUUUUAAAGUGUGAAAACAAUGAUUUUAUAAAACAGUUUUUUUCAGCUUUUAUGGAAGUUUUUAUUAACCAAGGGGUUUCCCAAUGUUUAAAAAAAAGAAAGAAAGGACGGAAGGGACAGGAGGGAGUCCCCAAGGGGAAAACCCCACAUAUCCUGUAAUAUUAUAUCCCCGCCCUUUCCUAUAUAUAACAUAUAACGUGCAUAGGGUAUAACAUAUAGUAACAGUGUAUAGUGAACCAUGUCUAGUGACUAUAAGGCAUGCUACCUCCUAUGUCCUGCUAUGACCCUGUCCAUAUCUGCUGCUAACCUGUCCCUGUCCUCCCAAGGACAAGGCCAUGCCCAACAAGAACCCCUGGGAGAGCUACAACCCAGCCUGUGAGUACCAGAACUACAGCAGUAUGAAUGUACUAGACCCUGACACCAAGGACUCUCUGGAGAUGACCGCAGCGGAGUGGGAGAAGUGUGUCAAUCUCCCCUUAGACGUCCAGGAAGGAGACUUCCAGACAGAGGUCUGAUCUGAUCUGAUCUAAACAAACCACGAAAUAGGCCCCGAUGAAGCACACUACUUUUGACCAGGUCCUAUAGGCUUCUUUUUGACCAGUACCCAUAGGGCUCUUUUGAACAGGACUCAUAAGGCUCUGGUCAAAAGUAGUGCACUAUAUAGGGA